AUGUAUAAUUUGUCUCAAGGUAUCGGCUGUAGAUUACUAGGAGGAGAUAUGGCCGGGCUUCUCAUCAGCUUUCGCAUCCAUCGAACGGAUAUCAAUCUUUCAAAGUUAUAUACCGGUAGUAUAUCUAUUGAAUAUGCAACAACUACUGUCGCAUACGACCAUAGGGUGUGGAAAACAGGGCUUCCCGUCCGCUCAGCCGUACUUAAGCCACACGCCGGCUGGUUAGUAAUUUGGUGGGUGACCACAAGUGAAUCCCAGCUGUUACCGGGUGGUGGUCGGCCCGGACUCAAGGGCCAAAAUCUUCAAAAUCUCAACUUGGCAUUUACAAACGUCAAAACCAGAGCCAAAAUGACCCCUAAACUAUAUAAAGAAGAGGAUGAAUUGAUUGCAAAGGCCCUCAGUGCGCCUCCUACGAAUCAGCAAAUUGAGGAAAGUGCGAAUUAUUUGCUCGGCAAAGAUUUCAGUGGUCCAGGAGAGCCCCCUCGUGCCGGAAAAAAUUGGGUACACGAUUUUAUCAAGCGCCUGCCAAAACAAUAUGUACGAAUCGUUCAAAAACCUCAAGAAAAGGAACGUACCGUUGCAGAGCAUUAUGGUGAGGUUGAGCGCUGGUUUAUUGAUCUCGAGCUCGCUAUACAACAAUACAAAAUUCGCCCUCAAAAUUUGUGGAACUUCGACGAGACCGGAUUCAUUGUUGGACAAGGAAAAGAUGAAGCGGUGGUAACAGCAUAUCCAAAAACAUCAAAAAGGGUAUCUAGCCUGUCCUCUCGAGAAUCAAUCACUGUCGUUGAGGGUAUAAAUGCCGAAGGAAAGAUUAUACCACCUUUAUUGAUUCCAAAAGGCAAGGUCCAUUUGGAGGAAUGGUACCGGCAUAUAAAAGAUGACGACUGGCUAGUUGCACCUGCUUCGAAUGGAUUUAUCACAGAUGAGAUCGCAUUCGAAUGGCUUCAACACUUUGACCACUUCUCUAGGCCCGGGGCCUUCCCAGAUUGGCGGUUAAUUCUUAUAGAUAAUCAUACAACUCAUCUUACUAUACAGUUCGUGCAAUAUUGUGAAAUUUGGCACAUUCGUCCAUUUCGAUUUCCGCCUCAUUCUACACAUUUUUUACAACCGCUCGAUGGAGUGCCAUUUCAGCAAUAUAAACAUGUUCAUGGACGGGUUGUGAACAAGAUUGCACGUUUAGGUGGCUUCGAUUUUGAUAAAAACGACUUUUUUGAAGAAUUACGCGAUAUCCGGAUAAGGACAUUUACCACACGAACGAUUCGGCACGGCUGGAGAGAGCGAGGAAUUUGGCCUCUUAAUCCUCGGCUUAUACUUGAUACGAUGCUUCAGCCAGAGGAAGCAUUUGAAGCAUUUGUUGCUGAAGGGGAUGCACUAAAAAUAUAUGGCGAGGCGGAUGACACUAUUCCCAGCUCACCAACUACAAAAUCAAUAUCUCCACCAUCAACCGCCGUAAAACUACGUCGCUAUGUCAAUAAGAUUGAAAAAUCGAUUGACGGUAUAAAGGAUAUCUUGACGAAUCUUACCUUGGCCGAAUUAGGCGAUCUACACCGUGAGAGCUUUGCCAAGGUUCGUGAUACAGCAACGCGCAAGAAUCAAAAAACUACAAAGCGCCAAGUCAAAGCGAGCGGUGUACCAUAUGUAAAAGAUGCGAAUCGCCUCAUAAAACGCCGUCAUGAUGGAGAUUUGUUGAAAAUCUAUAAGAGCCAUGCCGUUGGCGUGCCGCAGCCGAUGGAAGAAGCGGCUUCAACAGAGCCUCAAAACAGCGGAUUUUUCUUUGAUACUCAGGGAAAUAGGUGA